CGCUUGCAAAAAAAAAUGUCUUUCGGAAUGAACGCUUCACACCGCCGCAAAUUGGGAGACGACAAUGAUGAUGAUCACACUUAUUACGGCAGGGUUGAACAACAACAAAUAACAACCCCACCAAAGAAUAAGGCAGUCUCUGGAUUUGAGUUCUCAGAGUUUAGACAGCAGAGAUUGCAGAGCUUGGCUGGUUUGGAUGUUGAAACGUCUCCAUCAUCAAAUGAUGAAUUUGCCAAUAAGGCAAGAGAGAGAGUAUCUUUUAGUAUUCCGAGAAUGGAUUUUUCAAUGAUGGGAGGUGAUAAUCAAUCUUCAUCAUUUGGUUCACCUCCACUUUCAUCGGAGAGGACAGAUUCUGUCAGAUCAAAUUUUGGUAAAGUAUUUGAUGAAGAUAUGUUGCAAUUAUUGAAUCCAAUUGCUUCUCGGGUUCAUUCCUUUGAAAAUAGAAGCAGUAGGAGGAGAAGUAUUAGUAAUAGUUCGAAAAACAGUCCUGAGGUUAAUUCAGGCAUUGUAGAUUGUCCAAACCUUGAACAGAACGAGUCUGGAUUAUCAUCUUUCCUUUGGAAACAAAGCAAGGAAUAUUUGUAUGUUUUGAUACCGAUGGGAGGAGAUAAGGGUUUCUAUAAACAGGAUGAAAAUAUUGAACUAGAUGUUCAAAUCAAAUCAAAGAGAAUUUACGCAGCCUUCAAUGAGAAGGGUUCAGAUAUUCCACACGAAAAGCUUGUCGAUUCAGAGUUGAGCAUUGAGGUUCAAGUAGAUGAAUCAGGUUGGUGUAUUAGAAAUUCUCAUUUACUUUUAGAGUUGAAAAAAAGAGAUUCAUCUGAUGAUGUUCAAUUCCCUUUGCAAUCGAGAUUAAGAGUUAGAGAACUAGAGGAGGAAGCUGAAAAUUCUUGUAAAUAUGAAGUAAUGUCAUCAGAUGCUCCACUCCACAAGGAAAUUUAUCAGA